UCAAAAGUGUUAGGUUAGGUUAGUUUAUCAAAAUUAUGUGAAAGUGUUACUAAAAAAAUACCAAGUCAAUGGAGGGAAAAUCAAGUACACACUCUAUACCUGCAUGUCACAAAAAACCGAAAAAGAAGAAAAACAAUAGUGUUUCAGUGUGCCUUACAAAUUGUCAUUAUGAUUUGGUUUCAACAACAGCAGAAAUAUUCGGCUAUCCAAAAGUCGAAGAAGAUGACGAUUGGAACCUUUACUGGACUGAUAUGUUCGUUGUGUUUGAUAAAUACAAAAAAAUGAAAAGGUACCAGAAAAUAAAUCACUUUCCAGGCAUGUCGGAAUUGUGUCGAAAAGACCUGCUGGCUAGAAAUCUAAACCGCAUGUCGAAACUAUUCCCGAAGGAUUACAAAUUUUUCCCCAAGACUUGGUGUUUGCCAUUCGACUAUAGCGAUGCUAUAUUGUAUAGUACGAACCACAAGAAUUGUUCAUUUAUUUUAAAACCAGACCGCGGAAGUCGGGGUAAAGGCAUCGAAAUAAUCCGGUCCUUAAAAAAUAUUUCGCCUAUUGUUCGGAAAAUUUGUCAAGUAUAUGUUAACAGACCAUACCUUGUAAAUGGAUACAAAUUCGACCUUAGAGUUUACGUUCUUGUUACUUCUUGUGAUCCAUUGCGAAUAUACAUUUACAAUGAAGGAUUGGUACGUUUCGCUUCAAAUGUUUACAAGACACCGAAAGGUAGGAACGUCAAAAAUACUUUUAUGCAUUUAACGAACUAUUCGGUAAACAAAUAUAGCGAAACAAAUGGUCAAAUAAAACAGACGUUGGCAUGGCUUAACGAUUUGCUGACCGCUCAAAACCACAAUGUGGAUGCACUUUGGAAUAAAAUAGACGAUGCCAUUAUAAAAACUAUAAUCAGUGUUCAGCCAGUACUAAAACAUCUAUACAUAACUUGUUUUCCGGACCACGAUUUGUUCCCAGCAUGUUCGGAACUUCUUGGCAUCGACAUCAUUCUCGAUCAUAAAUUAAAACCUCAAAUACUGGAAGUAAAUCAUUCUCCAAGCUUUAACAUUGAAACUCUGGCUGAUUUUGAUGUUAAAGAAAAUUUGAUCUACGACAUGUUCGCAAUGAUGAACUUAGACUGUUGCGACAAGAUGAAAAUUAUACUCCAAGAUAGGAAACGUAUAACAGAUAGAUUGACCAGUGGAAAGUCUUUCAAACACAGAAGAAAAAUAACUGGGAAGACAUUUCAAGAAUAUUUUGAUAUGGAAUAUAAGUGGAGAGGUGAUUUUAGACUGAUAUAUCCAUUACCAGAAAAUCAAAAACUUUACCAGAAAUUCUUUAACCAAAGUCAAAAUGGUACUUCAGCUAAAUUAACUAAUAAACAUUUACAUAAAAAAAGAAAUAAGUCAAAGUUUGAUAAAGAAUAAAAACAAUGUAAGUCAACGUUUUAAAAAAUGUAUGUAUGGUAGCUUCGAUAUUUUUCUUUAAUUACUAAUACUUUUGUCACAAAAAUGGUAAAAAAUAAAUGGUAUGUACAAAUAAUA